CGCCAUGCUGUGACAUACUACGCCUUUCCGUAGCCAUUUUGGCUCAAGCCUGCCUUGGGCGCCAGGCGGGCUAGGUGCUCGCCUUUUCCUCGCUCUCCUGCUGCUGCGCUCGAGAGCGGCUCAGUCUCCAUCCCCUUCGCCGCGGCUGCCGCGAUGUCGGUGGGGGACGGCGCCAAGGUGGUGGCUACGGGCGGCGCUCCUGGCGCUGGCACCGCGCUAAGCGCGGUGGUGAGUGCGGCCGUGCAGGCCAUCACCUGCGCGCCGUGCUCCAACGGGCGGGCCAAGCUGCUCGUGGCGGCGGUCGUCCGCGCUGCCGCGGCUCCCGGUGGCGGUGGAGGCGACCCCGAUGUCGAGGAGGAGGUGGCCGCCAGGCUCGGCCGCAUCGCGCCCGUGCUGCGGGAGCGCACGCGGGCUGGCAAGGCCGGCGUCGAGGCGGUCAUCACGGGUGGCAGGCGCACACUGCGCAACCACUCGUCGCACGCCGACUUCGGGUGCGGCGCGGCGGAGCUCCCCACGACCGCCGCGGAGGCCAAGAAGCGCGUGCAGCAUGGACGCGGUGGUAUUCGUCGGCCACAAGGUGUGGUUGCCACCCGCGCCGCGGCUGCGAAGCUGGAGUCCAACGAGAUGAUGGACGCGAAGCUGGGCGACAAGGUCGACUCGGCCCCGCCGCUGGAGGAGAAGCUGCUGGACCAGCACUUCCUCGCGGUUGGCCUCACGGAGAAGAUCGCGACGGACAUCAACACGGCCGCCACGGCCGUGAACCUCGCCGACGGCUCUCACGAGUUCGAGGGCAAGCAGAAGGAGCUGAGGACGGCCACGGAGGAGACCUGCAAUGCGGCCUACAAGCCCGCCUCCCUGCAGGAGGAGAAGCUGCUUGACAAGCACUUCUUCGCGGUAGGCCUCACCGAGAAGAUCGAGACGGACAUCAAGGCGGCCUCCACGGCCGCGAGCAUCACCGACGACUCUCACGAGAUCGACGGCAAGCAGAAGGAGCUAGACAUCCAGCCACGUACGUCGUCCAUCAACGAUGUGCUGGGCGACAAGGUUGUGCUCAAGACCUCGGAGUACGACGGGUCGGCUGCAGCCGACAGCCUCUUUUCACGCAUGGCAGACUCCCACUGCGUGCUCAAGACCUCGGAGUACGGCUGGUCUGCCACGCGCCUCAACAUGGCCCACGAGAAUGCCACCGAGGGUAGGACGGACGGCGACGUGCGCACCUCCAUGGGCAUGGGCAAGGACAAGGGCAAGUACGAGGGCAAGGCGAGGGGCAAGGGCGCCCGCUCCCUCGUCACCUGACACCUGUCCUCUCGGCCUAGCUGCUAGCUACGAGGGGCCACCCGCCUGGCGGUCUCUGCCCUGGGUCCCCGCCACUCGGCACGCCCAGGCACCGUCAGGCCACCCCACCUGGAGGGUGACUGGCCAGAGCCGCGUGCGAAUGGCCCGAGGAGCGCGA